AAAAAAAAAAAUAGUUGCUCUCCUUUUAUGCUCCACUAAACUCUCCUUACAAUAUGGCUUCGUUUUACUCCGAUGCCCUCCUACAUAAACAACCCCUUGCCACCCACUCUACCACCGUCACUUGGCCAAAACGCCCGAAGAUCCGACUACACAGGCGUGGCCGGAGACUCCCAACAGUCCACCUUGGCACGAGUAGUAAACCCCGUAGAGGCUUCUUCCUAGCUCGAUUUUUACGACGAAUACGUGUUAGAUGGCUAAGGCUACAACAUUCUUGUACGUUAAAGAAGCUUAAGAAAUAUUAUAGGUCAUUAAUCAAAGAUUUAAUUGAAGCAAAUGCGGCGGCGGAUUAUCAACAAAGAGUUUUUAUGGAUACUUCUUUUGCUGUUCCUGUUGUUGGAGCUUCUUUUUCUACCUACCAUGGUGGUUCUGUUAAAUACGGGUCUGGGCCGCAUCCGUCAUCAAGAAAUAGAGAGCACACUUAAAAAGUUCAAAUGAGGUUCCACCUUAAAACCAUAUGGCAAUAAGGGGAGUAGUCUCUUGAUCUUAUUAAGUGUUUAACUUUCUUCUCUUUUAUCAAUGUGGCACUCUCACACGUGAUAUUUCAUGAAUCAGAUCUUAACAGGUUCAAAAUAACUUAGCUAAAAUGUAGACUUCUAAGUAGAUGGUGAGGCUCGAAAGAGUUACAACGUGAGCUUUCUCACCAUCAUCACUAAAAUUAUGAGUAAAUUUAUAUUGACAACCUGUAAAUUUGUAAGGGAUCGGACGGAUAAAGUAUUAAGUAUUAAAAAAAGUCAACUGCCUAGGUCAUUGGGCUUUUAAGUUAGCUUUCUUAAUUACUUAAUUAGUGGUAGCAUAUACAUGCAAUUUUGUGUUGCGUACUAUAUUAGUUGUUACUACUAUAAAAUAUUUGUUAAUGUUAGCUGAUGAGUCAAUAUCAUGUGCUUGGUUUUCGAUAAAUCGAAGCAACAUAUGACUAGCAACAUUAUUUUACUCCCAAUAUAAUUUGCUUGUUUUAGGAUCUCAUCUAGCCUACUCUUUAAUACGUUUUUCUCUUGAUUGUAUAUCUAAGGUCCGGUGCACCUGAGUGUAUUUUAGCAAAUGAUAAAUUUAAGGAAUAAUUUCACUUCUUUUAGCAAAUUAACUUUGAGAAAUAUUGAUUUUCUUAGAAGAAGUGGAAUUCUUCCUUGGAUUUAUUACCUCCUUCCCUUAAAUAAUGUUGUUGCCUUUGUACGUAUUGGAGGAGGUCAUUUAUGCAUGUAAUCAACAUUUUAUGUUUUUACCCAGCGUAAUUUUCGCUAAUUCAACUACGCUAAACUAAGAAUAUUUCCUCUUCUUUUACCUCAAAAUACAAAUAAAACUAGGCUAAUUUCCCUUAGGCUUCGUUUGGUAAGGUGUAAAACGUUUUCAGUGUAAAAUGAUUUUCCAUGGAAAACAUUUUUCAAGGGAAAACACAAUUCCAAACUAGUUUUCCUUUGUUUGGUAACUCAAAGGAAAAUGGGAGAAGAUGGUGAAGAUUGAGGGAGAAGAAAGGGGAGGGAGGUAGGGAGGAAAGAAAGAAAAGUGGCUUCCCUCCCUUUCAAAUGGAAAAGGGUUUUCCACCUUUGAGAGAGUCAUGAAAAAUUGUUUUACACCCCUUACCCAACCAAACAACGUAAAAUGAUUGAAAAGGGGAGAUUCGUUUUCCAUGAAAACGUUUUACGCCCUACCAAACGAAGCCUUAAUCCAAUUUACUAGUAUUAUAUUGACAUAUAAUUACUAUAUUUAGUAGGUACGGUAGUAGUAGGUAGUAUGAUAACUUGAUAAGCUUUUCUGUUUUUCAUUGUAAGCAUUAUUCUGCGGAAGCAUCUGGCCAUCGUAGGCCGUGAACGGGCGCCCUUUGCGUUUCCCUCAAUUAGUCAAGUGUGUCUAACUUUAUGCUAUUUCUAGCUUAGUAUUACUACCAAUUAAGCUUCGCAAUUAGUUUGAAUCACUACUUGCUUCUAAUAUGUAUGUACUCCGUACUUGAUAAGGAGCGAGAAUUAACUAAUAUGGAGUAUAGAAUGAGAUAUAAUGUCAUGUCCUAAAAUUACGAAAUGGCUCCAUAAAACGAAGAAUACGUACUAAUUUAUUAUGUAGCACGUCAUUUUAUUAACCUUGUUUUUUUGGGUGUAGAGAGAGCACAAAGGACAAGGCGACAAAUGAUGUAGAUGAGAUUCGUCUCAGUUCUUCAGUACCAGUAAGGGAUGGACACGAGCCGAACCGAACCAGAUUCUAAUAUGGCUCGGCUUGGUUUGGUUAAUUUUUUCCGAGUUCAAACUAGAGCUCAAACUUACCUUGAGCUUAAAAAUCCUUGUAGAGCGAGGCUUGACAAGAAUUAUUCGAGUUCGAACCGAGUUUCGAGUUUGUUGGA